CCUGCAGUGUCCAGGCCCGUGCACCUAGAGCAGGCAGCGAACAUGGCUCGGCUCCUUCAGCGAGGCCUGUCCUGGCUAGGCUGGAGAGAUCUGCCCUCGGAGACCGUGCCUGGAGGCGCCUGCGUCGGCGGAGGGAGAGCCUGCCACGAGGACGCAGGGUCUCUCAACAAGCAUGGUGAGCCAGCCACUGACUGGAAAAAGAAAUUGACUCCAGAGCAGUACUACGUCACUAGAGAAAAGGGAACGGAACUGCCCUUCAGUGGAGUCCUUUUGAAUAAUGCAGAGCCAGGAAUGUAUCACUGUGUUUGCUGUGACAGCCCACUGUUCAGUUCUGAAAAAAAAUUCUGCUCGGGCACCGGGUGGCCUUCAUUCACAGAGGCUCAUGGUGCAUCUGGCUCUGAUGAAAGUGAAACCAGCAUCCUGAGGCGGCCUGACUACUCCCGGACAACAGCUCGGGUAGAGGUUGUUUGCAAACAGUGUGAAGCUCACUUGGGCCAUGUGUUUCCAGAUGGGCCUGAACCUACUGGAGAGAGAUUUUGUAUCAACAGUGUGGCGCUGACGUUUAAACCAAGUUAAAACUUAUCGUCUCAAAAUCUGAAGAGAUAAAACAUGGUUUAGGGGAACGAAUGCUGCAUUUGGAGUCAGGAGAAUUGCGGGUUCGAAUCUUAACCCUGACACUAGCAGUGUGAUCGGGGGCAAAUAAAUCCCUAAACUUUUCAGA